AUGUAUUUGCACUCUCGCCUCAAUUCUACUCCCCUCGCUGCGCUCUUUGUCCGGAACCGUGUUCAGGAAGCCCAUAGGCUUUCUCGUUUACAUAGCAUAAAUUUCCCAGUUCCGAUUUAUUUUUAUGCCCGUCCAGUUUUUGCUGAUGAGCCUACCAAAUACCUUUCUCAAUAUGAUCUUCUGAACACACUUGGUGAAUGUGUUGCUUUGGGUGUCUCUGGGAUUGUGUUCUGGGGAAAUGUCAAUUUGACCGGAAGUCAGCAAGCCUGUACCACCCUAGCCAAUUACCUGACGACUACAUUGAAUCCUUACGUCAUCAACCUCACUUUAGCAGCCAAAAUGUGCAGCCAAGUGCUUUGCCAAGGAUUAGGAAUAUGUAAAAGGAAAGACUGGAAUUCAAGUGACUAUCUUCACCUGAACCCAGAUAACUUUGUUAUUCAAGCUGGGAACGAUGGACAGUUCACAGUAGAUGGGAAACCCACCAUCAAAGACCUGAAAUUUGGCACCAGCUCUACUGGGUAUGAUAGUACAGUGUUUGUCUGA